GGAUUAUCAUAGGCGUCCAUGUAGCCUCCCAGCCUUGAUAUGUACCUAUCCGGCAAAGAAAUCCAGUGAUUUUCUAUUUUCAGAAAAUUUCAGGGAAUGGGAAUCGAGACAUCCAAUCCUUUGGUGUCUCAAGGUUGCUUAAAUAGAAGCGUUUUUCGCACUUUGAUUUCUCUUUUCUCCUCAAGGCUUCAUAUGAAAGGUGAAAUCAGUCUACUUUCUGCCUUGAUUUCAUCGACGACUUCCAACGAUGCCUGAAGAAAACAUGUGGACUGAAUUUUGUGAACGAAUUGAUCUCAAUUUCAGCUUGCAUCUGCAGGUAGAUGCACCUCGAGGACAUCCGCACCUCCUUAAUAUCAAAGGAUACAAGCCGAAGGAGGCUAAGAUCCCGGAAAAUUUGUCUUUGAUUGACGUCUUAGCAACUAUAAUUUUCGAUUGGAACUCCGCAGCGCUCCAUCACCUCCUCAAUAUGGAAAACGAAGAAUUCUAUUGUGAUGCGGAUUGGGAAGAAGAUAGCUUGGACGAUAGUACUCUCGAAAAGCCUGCCAAGUUCGUAUACAUACACCGCUUGGGUGAAUACAUUAGAGUUGCAGUGAGCUUCUUUUAAGGGAAAUGUACAGUGAAAAGCUACUGACUGACCACACAAUCAGAUUGUGGGGACCAAUUCGGACAGCGAGAUUUCUUAUCGAAUUUGUAAUGAAGGAAAAUGGGAGAUGAAAAGCGCUCAAUAUCGUCAACGUAGCGAGUGUAACGAAUAUUACAUCACCGGGCUUCCUGAAUAUUUGGACGAUUGUAAAGAAGUUGAAGAAGAAAUGGCACAAGAUAUGGCUAAGAGGUUUUUGGUGGAGGGUAUCCUAGCAGACACUCAAUUUCCUGUAUACAACUACAUGCCUCAAGCUGAGAGUGCGAAGGAGAAGUCAGAUGGAUGGCGUUCAAAUAAGACCAAAGAUGUCAGACUAGAGUCAAGUGGUGGGAGUAGUCGUGUGAAAAGCUCCGACACUCUGCUGGAGGAAGAGUCAAAUGUGAAGCUCACUAAGCGCAAAGCCCAAGUAUUGGUGCCCCAAAACUCAACUCAAGAACGGGCAGGAUCAUCGAGAAAGAGAAAUCGGGAGGAUUGAUGGCAAGGAUAUCAUCUCAAUUUACAGUGGAAACAAGUUGCGAAUGUGAUUUAAUGGAAUAAAGAUCGAGCAUUGACAUGAAGUGAAUAAGCAUAACGCAGAAGACACAAAUACUAUCACUAUGGUUUGUAUGGAUAGAACACGUUGGUGGUUGAAGCCUUGUUCAACACAUUCGAACCAUUCCAGU